AUGGUGGACAGAUGUAUACAGUAUGUACUUGUAGGCCUGUAUAUACAUGUAAUGCAAAGCCUACAAAAAUACAACGGUAAACACAGAGAGAUAAAAAGGAGGGGUGUUAUAAAUACUCCAUGAAAUUAUAAAUCCAACAGGGAAGGAAAAUAUCACAACUAGGCGUUCAUCCGUCAUGAAACAUCCGUUUAUUUGAUGCUUUUGCUAGUGCCAUCAUAUUUAUGGUGCCAAGGUUCGGUUGUAAAAAAUGCCACUGCUCUUGCUGGUAAUAUAAUCACAUUGGGACAUCACUACAGUCUACUAUUGUAGCUGAUUGUCAGCAACAUGGGCUACAUUCACUGUCAUCGAUUGCUUCAGUUUGCAUCAGUGAAAGUUACUAGGAUUGUUUGCCUACCGAGAAACAUGUCUUCUAUGGUAAGAACAUACAUGAUGCUAUGCAUAGCAGGUCUGCUUGUGACUGUCUGCAUCCUGAUGAUCAUGUAUCGGGAUGAUAGCGCCGAUGUCAAAGACGUUGUCAAGGUCGAUUCUUCAUCCGAUGAUGCUCCACCGAACUCGCUAAGAAGAAUCAAGGGUGCGAAUAUCAACAAAAUGACGGGGGAUGUCAUAGACAAACAGCUCAACCAGAUGGAAGAUUACAGUGACGAUGGCGAUGAUGAUGCCGACGAUCAGGAUGAAUGGAGUGAGAGCAGCUCGAGUUCUAGUUCUAGUUCAGUUGAUGAAGAUGCUUGGCUAGAUCAGGAAAGACGACUCCAGGAGAAAACUGAGAAACAAGCUUCCAUGAGGUUGGUAGGUGAAGCGGAUGCUGCCUUGCAGAAGUCUGAAACACAGGACAAGUCUAGAACUGGUAAUAUCCGUACUGUUGGAGACAACCUGAGAUACGGUGGCAGCGGUGGGAUCGUUGAUACUGGUGUUCUUAGGGGGGAUAUUCCUGUGGCACGGGGUGAUAUCCCUGUAGCUCGGGGUGAUAUCCCCAUAGCUCGGGGUGAUAUCCCCAUAGCUCGGGGUGAUAUUCCUUUACCUCAUGAUGAUUUCCCCAGGGACGGUGAGGUAAGGCUGAAUCAGAGUGCUAUGCACAUCAUGGCUGCUGACAAGAUUGGUGCAGGUGGAAACGUUGAGUUCAUCCAGCCUGGAGAACUAGAGCCGAUGGACGCCAGCAAGAAAGGCGGAGGUGGGAACAAUAUGGUGAACAUGAGAAUCUCUGGCAGUGCAAGUAAAUUCAAGAAAUAUGAUGGCGGUGUGCAGGAUCUUUUACGACAUCCAGAACAGCAUACUAGCAUAGGGCGAAAGAAAGAUUGUCCUCCCAAGAACAACAUCGUGAUGGUGAAGACUCACAAGUGCUCCAGUUCCACUAUGCAGAACAUCCUCUUCCGUUGGGGUGAGAACCACAACCUAUCCUUCGCGUUGCCCAGGACCGGUGUGUACCUUGGCAGUCCGAGCCCUUUCAGCAAGAUAUACGUCAUGGAAUCCAACAACGGCCAGUACAAUAUCAUCGCCAACCACAUGGUCUAUAACCAAAAAGCCACAGAAGAACUGAUGCCUUCCGACACGGUCUACAUAGCACUCCUUCGAAACCCAGACACGCAAUACGAAAGCAUGUACAACUACUACCGCUUCGACGGGAGGUACCGAGUUAGACUGGAUCAGUUCCUCAAGAGGCCUCAGCUUUACUUCGAGAGUGAGCCAAGGGUCACCAAACACGUCGGUCGCAACCCAAUGCUCUUUGACAUUGGACUUGAUUCUCGUUAUAUGGAGCGGGAGGAUCCAAGGGUUACCAGUUACAUCCAGCAGCUCGACCAGAGGUUCAACAUCGUUCUCAUCGCGGAAUACUUCAAGGAAUCUCUGAUACUACUCAAAGACAUCCUUUGCUGGAGUAUGGAUGAUAUUGUCUUCUUCAACCAAAACGCGAGGAGUAAGACCUCCGUGCGACCGCCGACUGACUCCAUGAAGGCGCGCAUCAGAGCUUGGAAUUGGGGAGACAGCGCCCUCUAUCAGUACUUCAAUAGAACCCUCUGGCAGAAGAUCGAGGCCUUUGGGUAUGAUCGCAUGGCACGUGAAGUCGCCGAGUUGGACAGGAAGAUCGAAGAACUCUCGCAACGCUGCAUCGGUUCUACCAAGCAGGCGGGUGAUAGUCGCGUCUACUAUCCACCCGGUGUAAAUGUUAAUAGCUUUGUUCUCAAUAGAAAUGCUCAGGGGGACCAGCUGUGCGAACAGAUGACAAGACCUGAACUCACAUACAUUGGAAUCCUAAGGCAGAAGCAAGUGUCCCUGAAUAGCCAUAGAGCGCUGAGGUAGUAUUCACUGACAUCCAUUCUGUCCACAUAGAUUUUAUUGCCUCUUGUACAGUAUCAAUAGAUGAACCGUCUCUAGUUUUGCUACUUAGUCCUGUGCGCCAUUUUCUCCUGUGAUAUUUAUACAGUACUCAGUGUUUGCAUUAAAUGUUCUGCACUUUGAUGGCGUUAUAAAGUGUUCUGCACUGUGCUCUGCAAGAUCUUGUAAUUCUUGUAGAUAAAUGAAAGUUAUCAACUGCAACUGCUCUGUUACAACUUGUAAAAUAAAAAGAAAAAUGUUGUCCAUUUCCCAUUGAUUUAUCCGUGUGCCAUGUCUUACGAAUAAUUGCGAUUGAUUCAAAUCAAGUCUAGUUUGAUUGAUUUAAAAUUGCUAUCUCUUAAUUUCACAAAUCGUUGGUGUCCAUCUGAACCAUUGUAUCAGUCAAUUUUGGUUAAAAAAAUGUUUCGAGAUUUUUACAGAAAAUGAAAGUACAAGUCCUAUUACAUACAUAAUUAAAUUUUUUGAAAAGCAAUUUAAUUCAGUUUCUGAGAUAUGUGGAGAUUCUUACUGUGUUGCUAUACAAAUUAUUGAAAAAAAUUCUCAAAUCCCAUUGCAAAAGUGUACUGUAGUAAAACAUACAAAAACUGUGCACACUUUAUAUGCAAAUGCGCGGUCAGCCAAACUGUCUCAUCAGCAAUGCUUUGACUUGCACUUUAAAGAGUAAAACAACAUUUUGCUUGAUCGCGCGCAUUGAAAUGGCUGUAAGGUCUGUUGUAUCCCCCAUGGCGUUUUUGUACAAGGAAAAUCUAAGCCGCUCAAACCGAAAUUACAAGCCUGUAGCUCUUUCGCAAUACUUUCUCUGACUCUUGGUUUUGUGUAAAAAUUGAAGAUGCCAGUGUCAAGCAAUCGUCUUUGUCUUUCCAACCAUGUAUUUUUCUAGCAGUAAAAAUGUUUGUAAGACUAGGGAACAAAGUGUCGAAAUUAUAGUAAACUUUGAAGUUGAUUUUCUCAGAAAUGGAUUUGCACUGUAGUAUGGGUGAUACGACAGUUCGGAUGGCUGCUGACGAAAUUUAGAUCAAUCGCAAUUGAGUUGAAUAUAUCGCAAUUCUUUGUAAGACGGGGAUCAGGAGGGUGUGACAUACACUCUUGAUAUUUACAAUUGAUUGUAUCUUUUAUGAUACAAGACCCAGUGGCGUACGCAGGGGGGAGGUUACAGGGGUUCAAACCCCCCAUUUAAUUUUGUUGAUACCCAAACCCCCCCUUUAAAUUUUUUGAAGACCUUUUUUCAAACGUUUUUGAGUUACGAAACAACAUAAAAUUUGUGGUGAAGACCUUCUUCUUUGGCUUGUCAAUUUUUUUUGGGGGGGUAGGAAACGACCUAAAAUUUGUGGUGAAGACCUUUUUUUUUUGUUGGUUGUCAACAUUUCGUUCAGCUUGAAACCCCCCCCCCCCCAUUUUUAAAAUUCUGCGUACGCUACUGACAGAACCUGUAGCAUUGAUCAUGGGGCUGCUUUCUAUGAUUCAUUGCAUUGGAUUAUUGUGUAUGAUCAGUCGUAAAGCUCAGGCUAACGAUCGAUUGCUAAGCUUUAUGUUACGAGGCCCUGGUUAUAUUUGGGAUAUGUACGUACAUGUAUAGUGUGCUUUAUUUAUGUUCUUGAAUUGCCUUUCACCUGCAUCCUUCUUGGGUGACUUGUACACCAAAAACUGAUGAAUGUGCAUUGACCUAAUCCAGCUCUCAAAGCUUUGUAAUAUCAAUGAUCUUCCUGACUUAAAACUGUUGCUUACUGGUAGCAGGUGUUCCAUGCACAUAACCUAAGGUUGCCUACUACAUGUAGAAGCGGGUGAUCCCUGUACAAAGCCUAUUGGAAUUAUAGAAUUCAGUAGUCAGCACGUUACCCCAUUGCCUACUGGAAGCGGUUAAUCCCUGUACAAAGCCUAUUGGAAUUACAGAAUUCAGUAUUCAACGGGUUAACCCAUUGCUUACUGGAAGCGGGUGAUCCCUGUUCAAAGCCUAUGGGAAUUACAGAAUUCAGUAAUCAGCAGUUUUAAUACCCGUUUUUUCUGAUAAUGCUUUUUAAACUGGCGAAAAUUCCUUAACACUGUACUAUAGGUGGUGCUAAUUUGCCAUUUAGUCCCACCUGUAGUACAGGGUUAAGCUUAGCCCACUUCCUGUUUACACGGCCUUAUUGCAAUAUGGGCUAACCCCACCUCCAGUACGAGAUUAUUUGGCCCUGCAAAAUAGCAGGUUUAGCCGAGCAUUUGUAGUGCCAAGAGUAAUAGUCUGGGUUAAGAUCGCUAGUGUAAAAAGAAACCUGCCUAAAGCCAAGGACAGUGCUCGAUUUAUGCCUUAGGGGCAACGUAGCCAGCACUGUUAUCCAAUCAUAGAUGAGCACUCAUGAAUGGCUCCCACAUGUCAGGGAUUACUGGAUUAUGUUUGAGAUAAGCAAGCAUUUAUUCUUAGCCGGGGUUAGGCAGAAAAUUUGGCAUGCGUGAAAAGGGAAAAAAAAUACAACGGGGUUAAGGAUAGUAUGGGAUCAGUGAUAGUACAGGAUUAAGAAAAUCCAGUGUAAAAAGCAUAUUUGACUGGGUGGUCUCUGGAUUGUAGAAUAUUUUUUAUGAUCGAUUGCAUUGAUCACAAUAUGUUAAAAUCAAUUGUAAAAUGAGCUAUUAAAAGUCCACCCCAACAAACAGUUGAUUUGAAUAAAAAGAGAAAAAUCCAACAAGCAUAACACUGAAAAUUUCAUCAAAAUCGGUUGUAAAAUAAGAAAGUUAUGACAUUUAAAGUUUUGCUUAAUAAUUUCACAAAACAGUUAUCUGCACAACCUGGUCGGUAUGCAAAUGAGGAGACUGAUGAUGUCUUCCACUCACUAUUUCUCUUGUAUUUUAUUAUAUGAAAUAUGAAUUCUAAUUUUCUCCUCACUGUCAGGUGAAACAAUGAUUAACUCCUCCCUAAACAUGUGGAAUUAGCAUUGUUUAAUACUAUAUGGUUCAGUCAAGUUGGUCCUUAUUGUUACAUGUAUAUAUGUAAAAAAAUGAAAUAUUGUAUAAUUC